AUGGCAACAAAUACCGAUUAUCAACACAAAAAAUUCGCCAAAAAGACCGAGGAGGAAUAUCAACAUAAGAAAUUUGCUACCAGCAAAAGGAAAUUUAAUGAAAUCGAAAAGGAAGAAGUAACCAUAACAGCUGAGGAUAUAUUGCAGCAAGCUCAAAAGGAGAUGAGUACCGAUCUGCCACAAAUCAAGAGGAAACAAACUAAGCCUUUGUUCCGACCCUGGGAAGAUAAGGAAGAAAGUGAAGGUCCUACAACCACCAAAAGACCCAAAAGCUGUCCGCCAACUGAGGAGGUUCCCAGUAUUAUGACACAGCAAUCGAAUUUAAAACUUAGACGCAACACCGUUGGUGCCAUAAUGAGGCGUCGUCAGCAGCAUCACCAACAACAAGCCGUACAAUGGAUGAGACAGCAACAAUAUAUUGCCUAUCAGCAGGAACAACAUUAUCAAGCGGCUAUAAUGGAACAAUCAAUGAGGAAUUCUAGUUAUUUGGCAUAUUUACAGCAAUUGGCCCUGCAACAGAGGCAGCAACAACAAUUAUUUGUUUUUGGUCAACAACAUUAG